AUGCCAACCACUCGCACCACCUCCGUCGCGGCCAAGCCCUACAACAUCCUCCCACUCCACAACUCCCUCACCACUGACCACCCUUCCCUCCGCUUCCCCGAAAUCCGCGCUGCCUUCUCCGCCCUCAACACCGUCGGUGACCUCCACCUUCCUCCCAAAUGGCAACCACACUACGACCUCCUAGAUUGGCUAGCCCUCUUUUUCGGCUUCCAGACAGACAAUGUCCGCAACCAACGAGAACAUGUCCUCCUCCAUCUCGCCAAUGCUCAGAUGCGUCUCAAUCCUCCUCCAGACAACAUCGAUUCCCUCGAUGCCUCUGUAAUCCGCUCGUUCCGGAAGAAUCUUCUACGUAAUUACACUUCCUGGUGCAGUUACUUGCAUGUUAAGUCAAGUGUCUCGCUUCCUGAUCUUAAAAAUAAUAACUCUGAUCAUCGUCGUGAGAUUCUGUAUGUUUCUCUUUAUCUCCUUAUUUGGGGGGAAUCUGCGAAUUUACGUUUUAUUCCUGAAUGUAUUUGCUAUAUUUUUCAUCAUAUGACAAAUGAUUUAAAUAAAAUCUUGCGGAGUAAGAAAAACAAUGAUCAUUAUGAUUAUGAACCGUUCUUUCAUUCGCAAUAUGGUUUUUUAAACGAUGUUGUGAAGCCGAUUUAUAAAAUGGUGAAGUUUGAGGCUGAGAUUAGGAGUGGUAAUGGAACGGAACCACAUACAAGAUGGAGAAAUUAUGAUGAUAUAAAUGAGUAUUUUUGGAGUAAGAGGUGUUUUGAGAAAUUGAAAUGGCCUAUUGAUAUUGGGAGUAGUUUUUUCGAUGGAAAUCGUGUUGGGAAGACGGGUUUUGUUGAACGGAGGUCGUUUUGGAAUUUGUUUAGGAGUUUUGAUAGGCUUUGGGUGAUGUUGAUUUUGUUUCUUCAAGUGGCGAUUAUUGUUGGUUGGAAUGAUAGAGCUUAUCCUUGGCGUGCGGUGAUGGAGGAACGCGAUUUGCAGGUUCUGCUUUUAACGGUUGUUUUUACAUGGAGUGGUUUGAGGUUUUUUCAAUCUUUGCUUGAUAUAGUUAUGCAAUGGAGGUUGGUUUCAAGGGAGACGAAGUUGCUUGGAGUUAGGAUGGUGCUGAAAAGUAUCGUUGCUGCAGGGUGGGUCGUUGUUUUUUCUUACUUUUAUACGAAGACAUGGAAGCAGAGAAACCACGACAAAGAAUGGUCUGUUGAAGCUAAUAAGAGGUUGAUAGUUUUUCUUAAAGUUUGUUUUCUUUUUGUUAUUCCGGAGCUUAUUGCUUUGGCACUUUUUAUACUACCUUGGAUUAGAAAUUUUAUGGAGAAAAGAAAUUGGAGGAUUAUUUAUAUGUUCACAUGGUGGUUUCAGAGGAGAAUUUACGUUGGUCGUGGAUUGAGACAAGGUCUUGUAGAUAGUGUUAAAUAUACUUUGUUUUGGGUUGUGGUGUUGGUUUCAAAAUUUAGUUUCAGUUACUUUUUACAGAUUAAACCUAUGAUUGCUCCAUCAAGAGCAGUAUUGGAUCUUAAGGAUAUUGAUUAUCAUUGGCAUGAGUUUUUUCAAAAAGGUCAUAGCAUUUUUGCUAUUGGGCUACUGUGGAUUCCGGUUGUUUUGAUUUACCUGAUGGAUAUUCAGAUAUGGUAUUCGAUAUAUUCGUCUUUGGUUGGGGCAACGGUGGGUUUGUUUGCACAUUUGGGCGAGAUUCGAGGUAUGCAACAGCUGAAGUUGAGGUUUCAGUUUUUCGCCACUGCUGCUCUUUUUAAUUUAAUGCCAGAAGAGCAGUUGUUGAAUGCAAGGGGGACAUUGAGGAGCAAGCUUAGGGAUGCAAUUCAUAGGAUGAAGCUAAGGUAUGGACUUGGUCAUCCUUUUAAGAAGCUCGAUUCUAACCAGGCUGAUGCCAAGAAAUUUGCUUUGUUAUGGAACGAGAUAAUUAUGUCCUUUAGAGAGGAAGAUAUCAUUUCUGAUAAAGAGGUUGAGCUGCUGGAGCUGCCAAACAAUGCUUGGAAUGUUAGGGUUAUUCGUUGGCCGUGUUUUCUUCUCUGCAAUGAGUUGCUACUGGCUUUAAGCGAGGCUAAAGAACUAGUUGAUUCUCAUGAUAGGAGGCUUUGGAGAAAGAUAUGUAAGUAUGAGUUCAGGAGAUGCGCUGUGGUUGAAGCAUAUGACUGUAUCAAACACCUGUUUCGACAGAUUAUCAGACCUGAUAGUGAAGAAAAUUCUAUUGUGACUGCUAUGUUUCAAGAAGUUGAUCAUUCAAUUGAGAUUGGGAAAUUCACCAAAGUAUUCAAAACUACUGCACUUCCCCAGCUCCAUAGCAAGUUGAUAAAACUUCUUGAAUUGUUAAAUAAUGGAAAGAAAGAUUCUAACCGAUUGGUGGACACCCUUCAGGCUCUUUAUGAGAUUUCUAUCCGAGAUUUUUUCAAGGAGAAAAGGGAUAACGAACGGCUAAAGGAGGAUGGUUUGGCUCCACAAGAUUCAGCUUCUUCUCAGGUUUUACUUUUUCAGAAUGCCAUUCAGUUCCCUGACACCAUGAACGAGAACUUCUAUCGGCAGAUUCGACGCUUGCAUACUAUUCUUACCUCCAGGGAUUCAAUGCAAAACAUUCCAAUUAAUCUAGAAGCUAGACGGAGAAUUGCAUUCUUCAGUAACUCACUUUUUAUGAAGAUGCCCCAUGCUCCUCAAGUUGAGAAAAUGAUGGCUUUCAGUGUUCUAACCCCUUAUUAUAGUGAAGAAGUGGUUUACAGUAAAGAGCAGCUCAGAACUGGGAAUGAAGAUGGGAUAUCAACUCUAUACUAUCUGCAGACUAUAUAUGAAGAUGAAUGGAAGAAUUUUAUGGAGAGAAUGAGGCGAGAGGGGAUGAUGAAAGACCGUGAGAUAUGGACAGAUAAACUAAGAGAAUUGAGGUCAUGGGCAUCCUAUAGAGGCCAGACACUAUCGCGGACUGUUAGAGGAAUGAUGUACUACUAUAAGGCCCUCAAGCUUUUGGCUUUUCUAGAUUCUGCAUCAGAAGUAGAGAUCACAGAAGGCUCACGUGAACUUGUUCCAACGAAUCAAGAUAUUCCAGACGGUAUCAACUCGCAAAAGUCAUCAUUUUCUGAAGCAAGCAGUACAGUAAGUUUGUUCAAAGGCCAUGACUAUGGAACUGCAUUAAUGAAAUUCACAUAUGUGAUCGCUUGUCAGAUAUAUGGAACUCAAAAGGCAAGAAAGGAUCCUCAUGCCGAUGAAAUUUUGUAUUUAAUGAAAAACAAUGAAGCCCUAAGAGUUGCCUAUGUUGAUGAGGUUCGCACAGGGAGGGAUGAGAAUGAGAAGGACUAUUAUUCUGUUCUUGUUAAGUAUGACCAACAGCUGGAGAGGGAGGUGGAAAUAUACCGUGUAAAAUUGCCAGGUCCCUUGAAACUUGGAGAAGGAAAGCCGGAAAAUCAAAACCACGCCAUCAUAUUCACUCGCGGGGAUGCAAUUCAAACUAUUGAUAUGAACCAGGACAACUACUUUGAGGAGGCACUUAAAGUACGAAAUCUCUUGGAAGAAUUCAAGCAUUACUAUGGUAUUCGAAAACCAACUAUUUUGGGAGUGAGGGAACAUAUAUUUACAGGUUUCGUUUCUUCUCUUGCUUGGUUUAUGUCAGCUCAGGAAUCAAGUUUUGUCACCUUAGGGCAGAGGGUUUUGGCAAACCCUUUGAAAAUUCGAAUGCAUUAUGGCCAUCCUGAUGUGUUUGACAGGUUUUGGUUUAUAACUAGAGGUGGUAUCAGUAAAGCUUCUAGAGUGAUCAACAUAAGCGAGGACAUUUUUGCCGGUUUUAACUGUACUAUUCGUGGAGGUAAUAUCACACAUCAUGAAUACAUUCAAGUUGGAAAAGGAAGGGAUGUUGGGUUGAAUCAAAUAUCAAUGUUUGAAGCCAAGGUUGCCAGUGGAAAUGGGGAGCAAGUAUUGAGCCGAGAUGUAUAUAGAUUGGGUCAUAGACUGGAUUUCUUCAGGAUGCUGUCAUUCUUCUACACCACAGUGGGAUUCUUUUUCAACACAAUGAUGGUUGUUCUUACCGUUUAUGCAUUUCUGUGGGGUCGAUUAUUGCUUGCGCUUAGUGGUAUUGAAGCUGCUAUGGAAAAUAACAGCAAUAAAAAUAAAGCACUUGGUAUAAUAAUGAAUCAGCAGUUCCUAGUCCAAAUUGGACUUUUCACUGCCCUUCCAAUGAUUGUGGAGAAUUCCCUUGAACAUGGAUUCCUUCAAGCUGUCUGGGAUUUUUUGACAAUGCAGCUCCAACUUUCAUCAGUUUUCUACACAUUCUCCAUGGGUACACGUAGCCAUUUCUUUGGGCGGACUAUCCUGCACGGAGGUGCAAAAUAUCGAGCCACAGGUCGUGGUUUUGUUGUAGAGCACAAGAGUUUUGCAGAAAACUAUAGACUCUAUGCUCGUAGCCAUUUUGUGAAAGCAAUUGAGUUGGGGUUAAUAUUAGUAAUUUAUUCAUCACACAGUGCUGUAUCAACUAAAACAUAUGUUUAUCUAGCCAUGACUAUCUCUAGUUGGUUUUUGGUUGCAUCAUGGUUUAUGGCACCCUUUGUAUUCAAUCCUUCUGGUUUUGACUGGUUAAAAACCGUGUACGAUUUUGAAGACUUUAUCAACUGGAUUUGGUUCCGUGGAAGUGUGUUUGCUAAAGCUGAAGAGAGCUGGGAAAAGUGGUGGUACGAAGAGCAAGAUCAUCUAAAGGGAACAGGAUUUUGGGGAAAGCUUAUGGAGAUAAUUUUAGACCUCCGUUUCUUCGUCUUCCAGUACGGUAUUGUCUACCAGCUCGGCAUAGCUGCAGGAAGUACCAGCAUAGUUGUUUACUUGCUAUCAUGGAUUUAUGUUGUUGUCGUGUUUGGUAUUUAUGUGGUGGUAGCAUAUGCAAGGAAUGAAUAUGAUGCAAAAAAUCACAUCUAUUACAGAUUGAUUCAGUCACUUGUCAUAGUUUUUGCCAUAUUUGUGAUACUUGCUUUGUUGGAAUUCACUCAAUUCAAAUUCAUGGACCUUUUUACUAGUUUGUUAGCAUUCAUUCCCACAGGCUGGGGUAUGUUAUUGAUUGCUCAAGUAUUUAGGCCAGUUUUGCAGCGCUGCAUAAUUUGGCAUGGUGUUGUUUCGAUGGCUCGUCUAUAUGAUAUAUUAUUCGGAAUCAUUGUUAUGGCUCCUGUUGCAGUACUGUCAUGGUUGCCUGGGUUUCAAGCAAUGCAAACCAGAAUUCUCUUCAAUGAAGCAUUCAGUAGGGGCCUUCAGAUAACCAAGAUAGUUACAGCAGGAAAAAAAUCUAUAUAA